UCCUCGUAGACUGCCAAUUUUUGCUUACAAUAAACCUAACGCGUUCACCGCUCGUGUCGAAUGUAAUGAAAACCAAACUUUCCUUUCAUUUUUCUUCUUAAAAACUUAACCAUCCCCUACAGCUAACCUCGGGUUACUUCAUGUACCAUGGUAAUUAAUAAGCUAGUAUAAAUAGGGUGCCAAUCUGUAGCAGAAGCUAUAAAGUAUCUGAUAUCGUGAAAAAGAGCGAUUAUCAACUUAUCAGGUUGGUGAAUUCUGCUUUAGUUUAGUCCUUCCCAAAUUCAGAACCAGAAAGAAGAAUCUCAAAGUUUGAAAAGAAAAGAAAGAAGAAGACAUGGGAAGCGAGUCAUUCGAGGAGGCCAUUGCAGCUUUGUCAAAGCUUCUCAGUGACAAAGCUGAUCUCGAAAGCGUCGCCGCAGCAAAAAUCAAGCAGAUAACGGCCGAGUUAGAGGCUGCUGCCGACCCCAAUCAGUUCGACCCGGUCAAGCGAAUCGAAACCGGUUUCCUUCACUUCAAGAAGGAGAAAUAUGAGAAAAAUCCUGAUCUGUACGGUGAACUUGCCAAAGGCCAAAGCCCCAAGUUUUUGGUAUUUGCUUGCUCCGACUCUCGAGUCUGCCCCUCUCACAUCCUGGAUUUCCAACCAGGGGAGGCUUUUAUGGUCCGAAACAUUGCCAACAUGGUCCCACCCUAUGACAAGACAAAAUACUCCGGAGUUGGUGCGGCCAUUGAAUAUGCAGUCCUGCAUCUGAAGGUGGAGAACAUUGUGGUUAUUGGACACAGCUGCUGUGGAGGUAUCAAAGGGCUCAUGUCUAUCCCAGAUGAUGGGACCACUGCUAGUGAUUUCAUUGAACAAUGGGUUAGCAUCUGCGCACCCGCAAAGACUAAGGUGAAAUCAGAAUGUAAUGAGCUAAGUUUCUCGGAGCAAUGCACCAACUGCGAGAAGGAAGCUGUGAAUGUAUCUCUGGGCAACCUAUUGACAUAUCCAUUUGUGAGAGAUGCAGUGGUGAAGAAAAGCCUUGUUUUGAAGGGCGCACAUUAUGAUUUUGUGGAUGGAAAGUUCGAUCUCUGGAAUCUCGACUUCAACAUUACACCCACCUUAGCUGUAUGA